AUGUUGAAGACUGUAUGCACGUCUGUCGUGACCAUCACUGCCACAGACGCUGACGAUCAAACCUAUGGGAACAGCGCAAAGUUGGUUUACAGCAUCCUCCAGGGACAGCCCUACUUCUCUGUGGACUCGGAGAACGGCACCAUAAAGACGGCUCUCCCGGGGAUGGACCGUGAGGUGAAGGAGCAGUACCAGGUGGUGAUCCAGGCCAAAGACAUGGCGGGCCAGAUGGGGGGUCUGUCCGGGACCACCACCGUCAGCAUCACUCUCACCGACGUCAACGACAGCCCGCCGCGCUUCGCAAACCACUCGUUCCGCGUGACGGCGUCUGAGGCCACAGAAGUGGGCGGAGCCAUCGGCCGCAUCCGAGCGGACGACCCAGACAUCGGGCGGAACGCGGAGAUGGAGUACACCAUCGUGGGCGGCCAUGACACCUUCAACAUCAUCACAGAUCAGGGCACACAGGAGGGCGUGGUCAUCAUCAAGAAGAGACUGGACUUCGAGAGUAAGCGAGAUUACGAGUUCCGCGUGGAGGUUCGGAACACUUACCUGGACGCCCGCUUCAUCCACGGGCUGCAGUUCAAGGACUUCGCCACGGUGAAGGUGACGGUGGAGGACGUGGACGAGUCUCCGGUCUUCAGCAGGAACCCGUACGUGAUCGAGGUGCACGAGGACACGGCGGCCGGGAGCGCGGUGGGCGUGGUGUCGGCCCGAGACCCGGACGCAGACAACAAACCGGUGAAAUACUCCAUCGACCGACACACCGACCUGGAGAGACUUUUCAACAUCGACUCGACCAACGGCACCAUCACCACCCUCAAGAACCUGGACCGAGAGAUGUCCCGAUGGCACAACAUUUCUGUGGUGGCCACCGAGAUCAAUAAUCCUCGACAGACGACCAGAGUGCCCGUCUUCAUCAAGGUUCUGGACGUGAACGACAACGCCCCGGAGUUUGCCAUGUCCUACGAUACGUUUGUGUGCGAGAACGUCAAGGCAGGACAGCUCAUCCAGACCAUCAGCGCAGUGGACACGGACGAGCCGCUGGUCGGACACAAGUUUGUCUUCAGCAUCAGUCCCAGUAACCCCAACUUCACCAUCGACGACAGAGAAGAUAACACGGCCAACAUCCGGACGCGGCGAGGCGGCUUCAGUCGGAGGGAGAUGAGCAUCUACUUUCUACCCGUGGUCAUCUCGGAUAACGACUACCCGAUCCAGAGCAGCACAAGCACGCUGGUGAUCCGCGUGUGUGCGUGCGACCGCAGGGGCAACAUGCAGACGUGCAGCCCCGAAGUCCUGCCCUUCUCUGACGGACUGACCACCGGCGCCCUGGUGGCCAUCCUGCUCUGCGUCUGCAUCCUGCUCAUAUCUCUCUCCCCUGCUCCAUCUGCACCUGUCACCCCUCUCCUCACGCCUCUCCUCACCCCUCCUCACCCGUCUCCCUUCCCGUAA